ACCAACAUAAUGUCACCACCAACUGGAACGCACAGCUGAUUGUCUUGCCGGCGCGUGUUUACUUUUCUUUUUGCGAGCAAACUUCGUUGGUUUCGUAAGUUCAUUUCGCGGAAAGCUGAAUGAAGUAGGCCGAAAUGCAGCGAGCCGGAGCCCGACUGUUGCAGAGUGUGUGGCUGUGCCGCCAGCGCCUGGUCGCCCAGCCACCGGCCAUCCUCGGAUUGCCUCGUUAUGCAAUGCCGCCGCCAGCAGCCGCUUCCACUGCCACUGCACCACUGCGGCCCCUAAGCACGAGCGGCAUGCUCAACGCGUCGGACCGGAGGAGCCGGCGCUACGCCGCCGAAAGACCGCCACUCACCAUCAGCAUCGAGGAUGUGUGGACGCAGCUGGAGACGCACUACCAGCAAUACGGCCUGCUCAACUACGAGCACUGCCAGCGCGUGCUGGAGCACCUGCAGCGCUCCGCCCAGGGAGUGGGCGUGGAGCAACUGCACUUCCUGCUGGGCUCGUGUGUGCCCGAGCUGCUGCCCGCCCAGAGUGCGCAGGAGCGGCUGCAGCUCUUCCAGGGCCUCUGGGCCCAACUCCUCCAGCUGGGUCAGCCCACGCUGGCCCACUACCACACCAGGCUGCAGGUGCUGCGCCAGAACCGCCUGCCCCUGCCGGAUCACCGCUCGCUGCUGGCCGAGAUUGCCGUCUACCACGGCGCCCCCGACGCAGCCCUCUACAGUGCCCUGCUGGACGUGGCCGGUUCGGCGGGCAACAUGCGCCUGGCCACCGAGCUGCUGGCCGAGAUGCGCGAGCGCAGCUUUGCCCUCACGGACCGCAACUUCCAGGCCCUGCUGCUGGGCCAUGCCCGCAACGGGGAUCUGGCCGGGGCCGAGUCCGUGCUGGCCAGCAUGCGGGCGGCGGGCAUACAGCCCGGCAGCGCCAGCCAGGCGCUCUGGUUCGAGGCCCUGGUGCAGAGCGGCCAGGUGGCCCGGGCCAAGGAGCUGCUGCAGACGGAGACGGACUUCUCGGCCCCCCAGCUGCUCCAGAUGCUGCGCGGCGUGCUGGCCAGCAGCAGGGAAGUGAGCCCGGAGCAGCUGCUCCUGGUGCAGCAGCUGGUCAAGGAGCUGCCGCGGGAGUUUCUAGCCGGCCUCGACCUGCCGCCCGCCAUCAGGAGUCUGUGCAUCCAGCUGCUGCACCAGGGACGCAGCCAAGUGGUCAGCCAGCUGGUGGCUGCCCUGCCCGCUCCCAGCCAGAGCCAGGGCAACCAGAACGAGGACGAGUACGGGGCCUUGCUGCUGCAGGAGUUCUUCCGCGCCCACGUCCCGCUGGCGCAGACACUCCAGUUCGCCGCCGAACUCGUGCAGCGGGGCCAGAAUCCGCGUGCCCGGCACCUGGUGGUGGAGCUGGCCCUGCGCCGGCUGCCCUCGUCCGCGCUGCACUGCCUGGAGGCGCUGUCCGCCGCCGGCGAAGAGCUGCGUCCGCACUACUUCUGGCCCCUCAUCCUGCACCAGCAGCGGCGCGAGGGCGAGAGCGGACUGCUGCGCCUGCUGGCCGAGAUGCAGCGCCUGCGCGUCGAGUGCGACGAGGAGACGGUGCGCCAGUACCUGCUGCCCCACCUCGGCCAGUCGCUGACGCAGCCGGCGGAGGCCAUGCGAGCGCUGGAGGCGGCGGGGGUGCGGCCCUCGCUGGCCCUGUGUCCCGUGGUGAGCCACCUGCUGCAGCAGCACCAGCAGCUGGACGCGGUCCUGGACCUGCUCAGGCGGUAUCCCACGCGCCUGGACCUCGCCACCCUGCUCCAGCCACUGGCCUCGCUGGCGGUGAAUGUGCGCGCCACCAAGCGCUUCCCGCUCUUCGCCCAGGUCGUCCAGGCGCUGCAGCAGAAGGCGCUGCAGCGGACCGAGGACUUCGUGGGCUCGCUGCUGCUGCAGAUGACCGGACCACAGACGCGCCUGCGCCAGGAUGUCGUCUCGCUGCGCCGCUUCCUGCACGAGCUGGCCCGCCUGGAGCUGCAGCUGUCGCCGGCGGCCGCCGAGGCCCUGCUCUCGCUGGCCCGCCAGGCCACCCAGGCCAGCCAGGACACCGACCUGGUCCAGGACCUGGCCAAGACGCUGGCCAAGAUGCGCAACGCCCAGCUGGCCCUGCCCCCGGAUGCGGCCUCGCUGCACGGCGGAUUCAUCAAGCACCCGCGCGACAUGAGCCUGGACGAGCUGGAGUGCCACCUGGUGGAGCUGGAGUCCAAGCAGCUGAAUCCGCGCGGCGUGCUGCGCCGCCUGCUGCAGCUCUCGGUGCGCAGCGGCCGUCUGGAGCGCGCCCAGCAGCUGUUGGCCAAGUGCCAGGCCCUGAAGGUGCAGACGAGCGCCGGCAUGAUGGCCUCCAUCCUGGAUCUGCACAUCAAGCUGCGUGACCUGCCUCGCGCCCAGGAGAGCUUGGAGCGGCUGAGCAGCAACUAUCCAGCCUUCCAGCUGGACGAGCACAAGGUCAUCGACUACGCCGCCCUCUUGGUGCACGGCCAGCAGCUGGAGGCCGCCCAGCAGCUGCUGCAGCGCCGUGCGGAGCAGCACAAGGUCGUGGGCGGCGACUAUGUGAUCAAGAACGUGUGGCAGCUGCUGACCAAUGUGGCCCAGCUGGCCGCCUCACAGACUCCCAAAGAUGCUGCCCCAGAUGCUGCUCCAGAUGCUCCUCCAGAUGCUCCUCCAGAGGGCUCCAAGCAGCCGCCCUCCAAGAACCUGACCCACGAGAUGCUGGACUUCCUGCGCGGACUGGGCUACUGCCAGUCGCACAACGCCCUCCUGGGACCCGUGGUGCGGGAGUGGCUGCUGAGGGGCGACCUGGACGCGGCCGUGGGCGAGUUCCAGCGCCUGGCCCACAACCACAAGCACACGCCGCUGCAGUUCGAGCUGCUGUCGCUGCUGGUGCGCCUGGGCAACGGCGAUGAGCAGGAGCUGGCCCGCUUUCCCGGCACCACGGCCGAGUCGGCCCAGCAGCACCUGGCCGCGGUCACGGCGACGGUGAGCCGCGUCCAUGGGGCGGCCAACAUGAACAGCGCCCUGCUGCUCGCACUGGCCGAGUCGGGGAAGGAGACGCAGCUGCGCCGGCUGAUCAUCAACCCGGAGUUCCGGCUCAACCACGAGCUGCUGGUGAAGAACUGCGAGCACCUGGGCCAGGAGGGCGCCGUGCGGACGCUGCUGCGGUUGGCGCGCGGUGUGCGGGGCGUGCAGCGGACCAUCGACGAGCAGAAGAUCUACGACCUGCUGCUGGCCCAGUUCUGCCGCCGCAACGACUGCGAGGCGGCGCUGGAUCUCUUCGAGCGGCUGGAGGCCGACGACGAGCUGAAGGUGUCGCAGGAGUUCCUGCGCAAUCUCGUCCAGCUGCUGCAGGUCAACCGGAUGGAGAUCCCCAGCGGCAUCGCCCUACGCGCCCAGAUUAGAUAGCCAUAGUCGGUUUAGUUAGUGACUUGCCUUGGGGUGAGUCUCAAUUUGUUUUGUACAUAAAUUGGUUCAGAAAAAGUGGCAGGAUGAUAGGUAUCGUUAAAUCUCCAAUAUCUUUGAUGGCCUUUGAAUACAUGAGUUUAGUCCUUUAUUUAUGUUAUCAGUAAUCCAUUAAAUUUUAUACGAGUCCCAAUACAGACUACAAGUAUAUGUAGGUUUUGAAAAAUAAAACUACAAUUGAAAAUACAACGCAAAGUGUUUAUUGUUGUAUCGAAUUCAACACUUAAGUGAUUAAAGAGAAAUA